UGCUCGCUCCUUUUGUGACAUUUUUGCGUAACGUUCAUCACGUUUUCGUGUGAAAACUGAUCUAAAAAUUCACUCUAGGGCAUGGUCGGUAAAGUUUUUCACUCGAAAAACCGUGAUUUAAAAUCUCUAAUCGUGGUUAAGUUUUUUCGUGCCAAGUGCGACUAAGCUAUCAAGAUUCCGCCGAUACUUCAAAGCCUACCCAGUGGGUGGCUUGACUUGGGAGCACCGGGUGAGACCGGCGCGUCUGCCAGUGCCGGGCACUCGAUCCCGCACGCCGCGCGCCCGCGCCCCGCGCCGCGCUGCUGGCGCCGCGCGCUCAACGUCGACCCGCCCUGGCUGCGCCGCACGCCGCGCUGACACCCCGCGCCGCAUCCCUGACACUUGUGGACUAGCGCUUGCGGGCCCCCACCGCCCCCCGGGCCCUGACACCGCCCCGCUGUGGCCCCCGGCUGAGGCCUGACACGAACCGGCACUCUACAGGACUGCUCUAACUUUACGUGCAACGAUUACUGGGAAGAUGAGGGUGAUUGAGGAGGAACCUCGCAUCCGCGUUAUGGAGGGGGAGUGGAGCGUGGAAGGCGCGGCGCGCGAGAUCGUCGAGAGCGGAGCCCAGGAGGACCCCUUCUACAUCAUGGACCUGGGCGAAGUGGCUGAGCGGUACCGCCGCUGGAGGGAGCUGAUGCCGCGCGUGGAGCCGUUCUAUGCGGUGAAAUGCAACGACGAUAAGGUGCUCGUGCGCACGCUGGCCGCUCUCGGUGCCGGCUUCGAUUGUGCUUCGCGCAACGAGAUUGAGCUGAUCACUAGCCUUGGAGUUGCGCCUGAACGCAUAAUCUUCGCGAACCCAGCCAAGAUGGCGUCUCAUAUCCGGCACGCCAGCGCCGCCGGCGUCGACACCAUGACCUUCGACUCGGAGCCCGAGCUGAUGAAGAUCAAACAACUCAUGCCGCAUGCGCAAUUGGUGUUGCGUAUCCGCUGCGACGCCGCCGCGGCGCAGUGCCCGCUCGGCAUCAAGUUCGGCUGCGACCCCGGCACUGACGCGCCGCGUCUGCUCAAACUGGCUGCUGUCUUGGGUCUAGAGGUGAUCGGCAUAUCGUUCCACGUGGGCUCCGGCGCAGGCGAGACGGUUGUAGCAGAGUGUGUAUCCGCCUUAAGACGUGGUGUGUAACGCGCCCUUAAGAAUCUCUAGCUCCGAGGUAGACAGCAUGACAUGCGCGGUGGUUAUCCUCCACGUGCCGUCAUUAAUUAUUAUUUAAAGAAUAUAAUUUGUUUGCAGGUGUCCCUGGUGAUCAACGAAGCCCUGGAGACCCAUUUCCCGGACCACGGCGUGCGCGUCAUCGCGGAGCCGGGGAGGUACUUCGCGGCCGCCGCGUACUCGCUCGCAGUCAUGAUUCACGCCAAGCGAGAGAUCGUGACCAAAGACGUCUCGGGCGAGGACGAAACACACACCAUGUACUUCAUGAAUGACGGUGUCUAUGGGUCCUUCAACUGUGUGCUGUAUGACCACCAGCAAGUCGAGGCUACCACUCUCUACCCGCACACGGAGAAACCGCUGCCCUGCUCGCUGUGGGGCCCCACGUGCGACAGCCUGGACUGCGUGCUCCCCGCCACGCGCCUGCCGCCGCUGCCCGUGGGGUCCUGGCUGGUGUUCCGCGACAUGGGCGCCUACACCAUGCCCGUCGCCUCCGCCUUCAACGGCUUCCCGCUGCCCAAGGUGCGGACCCUCGUCGACCAUCGUCUGUGGUCUGUGCUGAAAGGCCUCUGGCCGCUGGCGGAGUCCCAGUUCGAGCCGAACCUGGGCCGCGUGCCGGCGCCGCAGACCCCGCCGCCGUCGCCGCCGGAGGAGCGCCGCGUGUUCGUGGAGUGCGCGCUCAAGUGAGCCGCCGCGUACUGAGCGCCCCCCGCGUGAGCGAAUCCACUUUUUCACUGACUCAUAUCGUUCUUGGAGCUCAAUGUCCUAAUACUACAAACUACAAAAUGCCUUCAAUAGGCUAGAUUUCUAUACCAAAGAGGAUCGAGUUAGAGAGUUACUGUCAAAGUAAAAUGUGUAAUCACAGUUCAUAGACUGCCAUCCCUCGCUCGACACAGGCUUAAAACUUUUGAACCUCAGUUUUAACAAUUUGGUCCAUAUUCUUAGCUGGAUACAUACAUACAUACAUACAAUCACGCCUGUAUCCCAUAAAGGGGUAGGCAGAACACAUGAAACUACUAAAGAUUCAGUGCCAAUCUUGGCAAAUAGCUCUUAGCUUGAUAUGUGUUAAAAUAUCAAAUAUUAAUUAGCGCCAUCUAGCAGAGCGUCCCCCAAAGGUAUAUCGCCAUCUAGGCCACCGUACAUUUUUCUGUAUGGUUUUGGGGUACUUUUUUUUUCUUAGACUAUCUGUCUAUACGGAGUUACACAUGUCUGUGACUGUAUAAUGGCAUUUUUCCUUUGUGAGUACAGAUUCAAAAAGUUGAUUCACCCAUGUAACGCAAGCGCCCGGGGGGCGUUAAAAUUCAUAAUUAUUUAGAGUGAAUAAUGCUUAAGUUCAGCCAAAAUUCAACAAGGCAAACUGUUAAGGUUGACAACGCACAUGAAUCUAAAACUCUCAAGUUUAUUCAUUCUAAAUAUAUGAUUUUUUAUUUCCAUUCGAAUAAUUUCUUACCGGUUCCUUUGGGGUAUUCAAUUCACUUAUUUUAUAUAUUUGUUUAAGUCAUGCAUUUUAUAAAUUUUAUGUGCCGUACAACCCCGUGUUAUAUUUUCGUGUUUUUAUUGUAUUAUGAAAUUGUUUUGUUAAAUUCUAAACUUGUAUUUGUCACCAUGUUGUAAUUUAAAAAUAAUUUGAAACUUAAUUAUCGAAUUAAAUUGUUUGUUUUACAUUAUAUAAGCUCUUUGUGGAAGUAGAUUCAUAUUAUAUUAAAUUAGUUGGAAUAAGAUGUAAAAUUUUAGGAAUAUUUGGAUAUAAAAAUCAAGUUUAAUAGAAUGUCAAAACAAUGUUAAAUCAUUAUUAAAUAUAAUACAUUAUUCCAACUAAUUAAAAUAUUUUAAUAUCCCAUUGGCGAUCAAAUCAUUAAAAAUAUAUUGAUGUACCCAUUAUAUGUAGGUUCGCGCUUGGCUCAUCUUCACUUUUAUCAUCAUUCACAUAAUAUUAAUGAUUUUAAUUGUUUACAAUUUUUAUUGAAUUUACUGCCGAAAUGUAUUUAAAGCUUUUUAAAAUUUUAAACGUAGUCUUAGACAUUCCUUUGUAUGAAAUUUGUUUAACCCUUAAAUGCAUGACCUUGACAAAGAUUUAUUCAAAUUUGAAUUUUGACAUGCUGUCAACAAAGUCAAAAAUACAUAAUGCAUGUAUACAUUUCUAUGCAUUUAAGGGUUAAUAGUUUGGUAAAGUUGGUAGUGCCGUGUCCUGUAACGUUUCGCAAAUAAUGUUUUAUCUCAAUAUAUGUUGCAAUUGGA